UGUUCGCCUUCCUUGCUUGGUCUCCAGUGUCGUGAGGACAUAUUUUUUUCGUGGAGCUAUUGAAAAACUGAAACUGUGGAUACAUUUUUUAGCUGCUUCUGCAAAAGUGACAUGAAUUGGCAGAAAGGACGAACAAAGUUUCACUAAAAAUAAUGAGAAAACGAAGAAAAUAUAUCAACAAAACAAGCUCAAUUGUAACAAAAGAUAAGGAGCGAGGUUAAAGAGUGAAUUAAUUAAGAAGAAACAACAGCUUAGCUUCAGCUUCAGCCAGAAAAGAAAAACUCGUAAGGCACCAUGCUGAAGCGAAUAUGCUCAAGGCGACGUGUCAAUAUUUAUUUCAAGUUUACUCUGCUCUUGCUGUUGGCGAUUUUCUACAUAACUUUUCUCUUUCGAGAAUCUUUAAAUGCUUUCGAAAUGAAUAAAGAUAAAUCACUCAACAAGCCAGAAUCAAACCCAAAACCUGAAAUAAUUAGAAACAGACGUCGACACCAGGUCAAAAUCGAGGUGGAUCCAUAUGCAGAUUUCCAAGUCAGGACCACCAAAAUCCCAACGACCCUCAAUCCAGUCUACGAAUAUUCCGAAGAGAUCCACAGUGCUACCGAAAGAAAUCUGACGAGCCGAAAAACCCACCUCAACGAAAUAUGCAAAAAAAGGAAUAUUGUGUCCACAUACCCACCGAAACCGUGGGAGUUUUUUGUCUCUCCAGGUCACAAUCUAGUCUGGUGCAAUAUUUUCAAAGCGGCAAGUAGCACAUGGAUGUACUACUUCAAUAUAUUAGGCGGUUACGACAUAAAAUAUCUUCAGCGAACAAAAAUGUCUCCACUUGAAUUAGCCCGACAUCGUUUUCCUAGGCCAGAACUAUUGGAGCUCUUUGAGUCUCUAGCAUCUUCUCUAUCAUUUCUCACUGUGCGUGAACCUUUUGAAAGGUUAUUAUCUGCUUAUCGGGAUAAGUUAGAAGGAUGCCGCAAUAAAUACUACAAGGUACUAGGGAAACAGAUAAUUAGGCAAUUCAGGAAAGGAGCAAAGCUAAAGCGACAUAAUUCAGGACCAACUUUUAAAGAAUUUCUACAUUUCAUUGUUCACAAUAAUAAGAUCGGCAAGCAAUUCGAUGAGCACUGGGCGCCUAUUUACAGUUUUUGCACACCGUGCACUAUCAAUUUUACACUUAUUGCAAAGGUCGAGACAUUCCAACGAGACAGUGAAUAUAUUAUCAGGCAAGCUGGAUUAGAGCCAUUGCUAUUGGGCAAACUUCCAAAGAGCAAAAUGCGAAAAAUAUCAAACCAAUCAGCUCAUAAUACUGGAAAUCUUAUUCAAAGAUAUUUUUCACAAAUCGACCGACAAACUUUGGAUGCCGUUCUCGAUAUAUAUCGUUUGGAUUUCGAGCUAUUUGGCUAUGACCUGACCAAGUAUUACGACAUUGUCCAACCACCAUCCACGACAACACCACCAUAUUCUCCAGAACUUUUUACAACAAAUCUGUCAACAGUCUCACAGACCGCGACCAAUACAAAAUCCCUCACAACUAUUACGGACCAGGACCACUUUAAUCACUUGAUUUAAAUCUAAACAGAAAUUACAAAACUAUACUAAAAAAAAAACACAACAAAACAGAACCCGUACGAAUUUUACAUCUAGAAACUAGUUCAUUUAUACAAAAAUGUAUUGGUUUCACACCAUUAUUCAAUCUAUAUGACCUUGAACAGGUACCUACUCAAAUGUUAUUAACAUAAAUAUAUAUAUUAUAAACUAUUGUACAUAAUUUAGACUAUACAAAACAAAAAACAAAUAUGUUGCCAAAUUAUUAACAAAUUAUAUUAUCAUACAAAUAUUUAUAAUUUAGUAUUAU